AUGAGUGACAGGCUUUUGAGCAACUUAGACAAACUUCUGCUGGAGUUUGUUUUCCAGCUAGAACAAACUUCUUUUGCCAAGCAACACGUGAAUCAACAGAUAAAUUUGUAUACCACGAAAAUCACAGAAAAGAAGAAUGAAAUUGCUAGGUUGCAGGAAAAUAUAAAUAACAGCAAUGAAGAAAUUGCUAAUUUGAGAAAGCAAAAUGAGAGGAGUAAGGAGAACUGCAAUGCCUGGAAACCUACCUAUGCAAUUCUUAGCAGGCAUGAAGAAUAUUUGAAAAAUGAACUUGAAGCUUUACAAGAAUCUGUAGAAAAUGAGAGGAAAAUGUAUCAGAACUGUAUAACUGAGUACAAAGAGAUCCUGAAGCAGCACCGUGAGAAAUAUGCAGAAAGUCCUCUUGCCCAGGAGUAUUACAAAAAAAAGAAAGAGCUAGAAGAAAUCCAAAACAGAGUCUUGAAACAUGCUGAAAAAUACAAAUGGAAAGAAGAUUCCUGCUUGGAUAUUCUGGAGACAAUGCCUUUUAAAUCCCUAAAUGACUGGGCUGUAGAGAUUGCUUCUUCAAGGCAAAAAACACAGGAAAUGUUGAAGCUUGCUGCAGUUACCAAGCAAGAGUCCAUUGAACUACAAAAAGAAGCAGAGGAAUUAGAAAUGAAAAUAAAUUAUUUAAAAAAGACAUUUGAACAGACUAAAGAAGAUCAAAAUACUUCCAAAAUGAUUGAAGGAAAAGAUCAGAAAAGUCUAGAGAAGCCAAAGGAGUUCAAAGAAAGGGUAUUUGAAGAGAAAGAACAUCCAUCUUUGCCAAAUGAGAAGCAUCAGCUGUAUAAACCACUACAUGUCCCAUGCCUUCCUCAGAAACUAGUCCAGUCUGUACAGAGUCUUAGAUUGUCCAUGCAACGAACAGAAACAGGGAGAGAAGAAAGAGAAAAACCUAUGGAACUUUCAGUGGCCACUAGCAGUUCCUCCAGCCUUGCAGAUAAUUCAUCACAGGUGGCUAUUGACACUGCAGUGACUAGUAACCCACAUAUUGCUCAGGUUCCAUCAAUAGCAAGCUUACAAAACCAAAUGCAAUUCAGACUCUCAAUUCCUCCAAAACAGAUGACUUCCAAUCAACAGUUUGAGAGUGAAAAUGCAGAAAUAGCAAGCCAAGAGGCCAAAGGUGGUGAUAAAGGAGCAGAAGAUAAGGCAAAGAAUUCUUCCUAUAUACCUCAAGACAUACACACACGUUUUAAGUCAACUGAAGUUAAUCCUGACACAGCAGAAGAAAGCACAGAACAUUUUUUAAGAGCACCUGAAACACCUGAGUUUGUAGGAACACCUGACUCAAAGGGGAAGAAAACCCAGUUCUCUAAAACACCUCCAUUUGACUUCAUUCACAGUUUAGGUUGUGAAGAAGGAACAUCAAAAUCUCCUGCUUUCUUUUCUCUCAUGAACUUCUCCCAGAAAUCACCUGGCUUUAAUUUAUUUGAUUCUGCUGCAUUUGGGGCAGAAAACUCAUCUGAUGAGACAGAGGAAAGUUAUUCUGUGGGAAACCUGAACACUCUGUCCCCACAAAAAGAUAUUGGAAGCUUGUUUGGGAAAUCAGACAGUGAGGAUGCAUUUGCCUUUCCCUUCCCCUCAGAAUCGACUUCUCAUGCAUUUGGAGAUGGAAAAGAUGACUUUAGUUUUCCAUUUGCAUUUGGACAGGAUCAGAGAUCAUCACAGUCUCCUACUGUGAAAGGUUUUCAUUCUUCCUUACAAAAUACAAAGCCAUUUACAUUCUUCUGAAUACCUAUGACUUGCUUUUAAAUUCUUUUCCUACUUAGCCUUGACAAAUGUUUUCAGUCUCUUAAGUUAAAAUACAAAGCAUUUAAUCUUCUCCUUUCAUUCAUGUAAGAAUACAUUAUUACAUUUGGUGCAAGAGCAUGUGCAUAUCAUCAAGCACACAUACUUCGAGAUGCAGCUUCUAUUUUUCUCACCUGUUUUCUAAGUAUGUUGUUUUCAUAAAAUGUUAUGCUAUGCUUUGGCU